AUGUCUAAUAUCGAGGAUGUGGAUAAGAGACCUGAAAACGGGUUUUUUCUUUUUAGAACGGAUGUUCAGUAUAUAAUUAACAAGAAUGACAGAAAUAUGAAAGCCACUGAAAUUUCCGGAAUCGUCGGAAGAAUUUGGAAUGAAGUUAAAACAAAUAAUAGAACUUGUAAAAAAUUACAGGCACAUUAUCACUACCUAUCCGAAAAAAAGAAAAAGGUCACAAAUAGAAACGAGCCUUUCGAUAUACAUAUUAUGAAACUUGAUGAUAUAAAUGACUACAGCGAACAAGAAAUCACUGAGGAAUUAAUUAAAAUUAUCAAAUCUGAAUUACCUAACUUAAAAAUCCAACAUAUCCGUUAUUCCCUUCCCUCUCUAUGCAAUCCCUCAAAGGGGUAUUUUCCACACGAUGAUAAUAAUACACAUAUUUCGGCUUCUUUUACCCCUGAAGUUUCCACUUCUACUUCUGUUCCCUCUGUUUGUUUUGUCUCUAACUCUCCUAACAUUUCUUUGUCUACUUCUGGAUCUACUUUCAACUCCGCCUCUUCUUUUAGCGCAUUGCCUUUAUAUUCUGAUUCCUUACAUGUCUUACCUCCUCUUUCUCCCUCCAUUCAAGAGAUUCCUGAUUUGACAUCUUCCUUUUUCAGUAUAAACACACAUAAUCUUUCUCUAGCUUCGACCACAAUUUCUGCUAUGACUAAUAAGAAUAGCGAAGUUAACCCGGAAGAAGACAUACCAACUUUGUCAAAAAAGAGAGAGGGAUUGGUAACUCAACGAAAGAAAGUAGACGAAGAGAAAAAAGAAUUAAUGAGAAAGCGAAAAAGAAUAGAUGAUGAAAUAGAUGAACUAGAUAGCAAAGUGAAUAGGAUCAUGGAACAACUAAGAAAUGAGUAUAACGAAUAUCAAAAACAGAAACAAGAACAAGAACAAGAACAGGUUCAAGUCAAAGAAGAAGAACGUAUUUAUAUCAUUGAUUAA